AUGUCGACUUCACAGAGCGUCCAAACCUUCGGAAAGAAGAAAACCGCUACCGCCGUUGCCUUCUGCAAGGAUGGCAAAGGACUCAUCCGAAUCAACGGAACUCCCAUCGCCCUCGUUCAACCUGAAAUCCUCCGUUACAAGGUCUACGAGCCCAUCCUGAUCGCUGGUGCCGAUGCAUUCUCCAAGCUUGACAUCCGGGUCCGAGUCACCGGUGGUGGUCACACUUCGCAAGUCUAUGCCAUCCGACAAGCCUUGGCCAAGGCCGUCGUAGCGUUCUAUGCCAAGUACUAUGACGCUGCCUCCGCUCUCGCUCUCCGAAAAGUGCUCAUUCAGUACGACCGAACCCUCCUCGUCGCUGACCCCCGACGGAUGGAACCCAAGAAAUUUGGUGGAAAGGGUGCCCGUGCCCGCUUCCAGAAAUCUUACCGUUAA